AUGAAUCAACAAGGGCCUUCAACAAGAAGCAAAAGAGCUCAAACCAGAGCAUAUGCUAAACCUGGUUCAUUGUCAUCCUUGGCAAAUAAAAAACGGCAGUUAUUAACCACAAACGAAACUGUUCAAGCUAUAAGGUCAGAGAGAGAUCAUCUGCUAGAAUUAAUUGGAGAACAGCAGCCAGUAGCACCACAAGCUAACCAAAAUGAGCAACUUGAAGAAGAGCAACAUGUAGAGGAGCAACAGCCCGUCGCGGAGCAACAGCCCGUCGAGGAGCAACAGCCCGUCGAGGACGAAAUGCAAAUGGAUUCUACAAUUCCUCCCACAAAUGAACAAUGUGAAGAAGGCCCUUCGACUCAGAAAAGAAAAAGAGGCAGAACGCAAAUGCAUAGUGUGCAUAGCCGACAUGAGCAUAAAUUGAUCCUACUGAAUAGGCUCAAUCAACCUAUUGGUCCUACUGAAGAUGUUGUAAUAGAGUUUGGCAGCUUCCUUGGUACAUUAGCGAGGAUUGCGACCCUUUGCCCAUUUGAUAUACUUGAUUGGAGGAAAAUAGACACAAAAGAUGAUUUAUGGAUAUAUACCAAGGAGAAAUAUGAUAUUCCUGAAGCUGGCAAAAAGUGGACUUUGAAUGCAAUUCAUGCUGCUUGGAGAAGGCAUAAAAGUGACUUGAAGAAACUUUGUUACAAACCAAGAGUUACUGAUGAAAUCAUAAUGGCAAAAAGGCCAGGUCAUAUUCCGGAAUGUCAAUUUAAAGAGCUCCUCGAAUAUUGGAAGUCUGAGAAAUUCCAGAAAAUGUCUAAAACAAAUGCUGAAAAUCGGAAGAAGUUGUUGAAUCCGCACACAGUCGGCAAAACAAGUUUCGCUUUAGUCCGCAAUAAAUUGGAAAAAACCAAGGGAAAUGUAUCACUUAAGGAGAUCUUUGUGGAAACAAGAGCAAGGAAACCCGGGCGCUUGUACAAGGAGUCAAAUGAAGACACAACUAGUAAAAUUGCUGAAAUGGAGGAAAUUGAAACACAACUAAGCGCAGAUGGUAGUCAGCCUGUUGAUGCAUACUCAGCCGUUAUGGGUCCAGAACAUCCGGGACGUCUAAGACUAUAUGGACGGGGGGUUACAAAGACUUCUUUGAAAGGAAAAGCUGGAACUUUUGAACCAACUUCAAAUGCCACAAAUGAUGUAGUGCAAGAAAUGCAAGAAAGGAUCCAAAAAAUGGAGGAACAAAUGGAGGAACUAAAGAGAACUAUACGAGCAGAAGUUACUGCAGAAGUUACUGCAGACAUUACUGCAAAAGUAAUUGAAAAACUCCAACGUGCAGGAUUAAUUAGUCCAGACAUGCUAGCAGCAUUGUGUGCUCCUUCACCGGGAGAAGCUACGUCUGCCCCACAAGUAGAUAGCAACAAUUAA